AUGACCCAAACAUAACCCCCAAAAAUCACACUUGCCAGUCAAGCUAAGAACUUCCUCAUUGGAGGACUAUCAGGAAUGAUCGCUACAUGCUUUGUACAACCGAUUGACAUGGUAAAAGUCAGAAUUCAACUCAAAAGCGAAGCUGGAGGUAACCUCAGUCCAUUCCAUAUUGCCAGAGAGAUCGCAGCUGAAGGAGGAGUAAAAAGCUUUUACAAAGGUAUCGAUUCAGCCUUGAUGAGACAAGCAGUGUACACGACAACUAGAUUAGGAAUUUAUUUCUCAUUGAGUGAUUAUCUCAAGUAUACUGUCAAUGGAGGUUCAAACAUGACCUCAUGGCAAAGAGUUUACUCAUCUUUAUUAGCAGGUGGUAUCGGAUCUAUCUUUGGAACACCAGCUGAUCUAGUCCUCAUUAGAAUGCAGAGUGAUUCAACUUUACCAGAAGCUUAAAGAAGAAACUACAAAAAUUUCUUUGAUGCCUUCUCCAGAAUUGUGAGAGAAGAAGGCCUACUAAGUUGCUGGAAGGGAGCUACACCAACAGUUGUUAGAGCUAUGUCAUUGAACCUUGGUAUGCUCGUAUCAUAUGAUGAAUCAAAAGAGAGAUUAACAAAAUAUCUUGGAAACAGUCCAAACACAGUCUGGGCUCUUUCCAGCUUUAUCUCUGGUGGUAUAGCUGCAGCAAUGAGUCUACCCUUCGAUAACGUCAAGACUAAGCUUUAAAAGCAAACAAAAGGCCCAGAUGGAACUCUUCCAUACAAGAGCUUUAUUGACUGUGGUAUGAAGACUGCAGCAAGAGAAGGAAUUUUAGGAUUCUGGGCAGGUUUCCCUACAUACGUUGUCAGAAUAGCCCCCCACGUCAUGAUUACACUUGUGGCCUCAGAAUAUUUAAAGAAGCUUUUAAAAUGA